CUUUUACUUACAAAAAUAUGAAGGUUUCACCAGGGAACUUUGAAAAGAUGGAGAAUCGACAUAAGGAAUAUAUAUCCAAGGUGACUAAACUUACCAACAAGAACUACCUCACUAGGACCAGUAUUAUGGAACAGAUUCCUGUGCCAAAUAAUUCCUCUAGUUUGAUAAUUAUUCCUAGUAAUGAAAAAGGCUCAGGCUUUCUAAGAAAUGGUUAUGACUAUUUCUACUGCUCUAGCUUCAUCCAGAAAUUCGAGUUUGAUCAAACUGUUGAUGCAUUAAACCUACAAAUGGCAAAACUUUUCUCAAAAUAAGAGGAAAAUAGACGAGGCAGAGAUCCCAAAAUAUCAGUGUGUGAUGCUGGGAAUCUCAGCAAUCACUUUAUUAUUAUUUUUAAUUAUGGUAUUCUAUGUUCCGAAAUAUGGAACGCUUUAUUCUAUAGCUACAUUUACAGCCUGAGUUGUUAGUAUUCUCCUAAUUAUAAUCAUAAGCAUCUUAAAUGUGCUCGAUAUUGGACAUGAAGACAUUUCUUUUGACGACAUGGUGCAGAAAGAAAUCCCAAUAUAUUUAGAUAAUAUCAAUAACUCAAAAUUUAGAAAACGAGGAUUCGAAUGGUAUAUAAUGCCUGGACAUUAUUGGCUUGAGCUAAGAAUCACAUCUCGAGCAACUCCUGGACACAUUCCGAAUCUGAAUACACUAAAUACUGGUCCAGCAGAACAACUGCAAACAGAAAUUCCUUUAAGAGAAGAAUUUCAUGAAGAAACUAAAGAGAGGUUUAUGGAAAGCAUGAAUAAGAGCAGAGAGAAUAUUGGAGACCUCACCAAAAUUCUUGAAGACAUGAGUAUCGAUAAGGAUCUGCAUGCUAAAUCCUAGUCUUCAAUUUUUUUGCUAAAAUCUCUCAAUUCCUUCUA